GUGCUUUGUGUGAACAUGUGAGCGAGAACCUGAUCUAACUUUGAGUAAAGAAGUUCAACACCAGCUCCUGGCUUCUGCUUGUGGGCUCCUUUUUUUUUUUUUUUUUCUCCCUUUUUUUUUUUUCCCCUUUCCCUUCCCAGAAGCUGCGCAGCGAAAAGCGGCUCUCACCAGCGAUCAGCCCUCGCUCUCCCUCCCUCCCCGUCUCCCUCCCUCCUUGCCAAGACUCUGAAUCGUCUGGAUCCUGAAAGCUGGGCUCCUUAUUUGAUCUCUCCUUGGGAAAAUGGAUUCCAGGGUGCUGUCCGAGAUGCAUUUCUGUAAAAAGAUCUUCGCUGCAACCUUGUGUGUCUUAGUUUUGCUGCCAGAUUUGGGCUGUGCAAGGAAUCUCUGGAAGCGUGCUCUACAUCUGAAAAUGACGGAGAAAUAUGAUGAUUAUGAGUACCCUCUUCAUUCUCACAGUUCCCACUACCAGAAGAACGACCGUUGCCCCCCGCCACCCCAGACUUUGCCUGACCGAGCCUGCGAGGUGCCCAGCUGCCGGUCGGAUUCAGAGUGCGAAAGGCACAAGCGCUGCUGCUACAACGGAUGCAUCUACGCCUGCCUGGAGUCCGUACAGCCACCACCAGUUUUAGACUGGUUGGUUCAGCCCAAACCCCGCUGGCUGGGAGGAAAUGGGUGGCUUUUGGAUGGCCCAGAAGAAGUCUUGCAAGCUGAGGCUUGCAGUACUACUGAAGAUGGAGAUGAGCCUCUGCAUUGCCCCACAGGCUAUGAAUGCCAUAUCAUCAACCCAGGUAACACAGCUGAAGGAAUCCCUAACAGGGGCCAGUGCAUCAAGCUCCGUGGAAAUCCAGAUGGACGCAACCUGAGGCACAAGUAUUACAAGGAAUAUUUUGGGAGCAAUUCCAACAAUGUGGUCGGCUAUGUGAAAAACCAGCAGAAGCAUUUAGGCUAAUCAAAGGUGUGCCUGGCUGGACCACUCUGUUAAGCAGCUGUCAAGGAAUGCUUUAACCAACAGUUUUCUGUUUUGGAAGAACUCUGGUCCCAAAUCUCCACGAGCACGUCUCCAGCAUUUCCCUGAUCCCUGCCCAUCAGUGAUAAACAGACUUGGCUAUUCAAGGAACAGGAUGAGCCGAGAUUUUAAACCUAUGAGGAAGGGGAGGAAUGUGAUCCC